CCUGGGACAAGAGAGCCAAGAAGGGCGACUGGCUGCCCCAGCGCAGCGCCACCGCUGCCUGCAAAGCCCGGCGGGACACGGGGCCCUGCUCAGGGCAGCUGGGAGAGCAAAGGGGAGCGAGCGAGUGCCUGGGCCCGCACCUGGCCAAGCCCCAGCCCCGGGGCGCAGCGCAGCGCGCACAGCCCGGCGCAGCAGCAGCCCCGGCCGCCGCCGUGUCUCAGCCCGAGCGGCAGGAGGAGCCGUGGGCCGAUCACCUGCACCCCCCCGCAGCGUCCGGGCUCCGGGCCCGUCUCAGCCCCCGGGCAGCGCGCCAGGAAGGAGGAGGAGGCCCCGCCUGCUAAUGCAGCAGCCCCAGCCCCAGCCCGGCGGGCUCCAGUCCUGCGGGGACCGAGCACCAUGGCCAGGAAGGUGAUCGCGGUGCUGCUGCUGCUCUGCUUCAUCGGCGUGGUGGGCAUCCUGCUGCUGUGCCUGCCCACCAGGGACCUGCGGGAGCCGCCGGCCUUCAAGUAUGGAAUCGUUCUGGACGCCGGCUCCUCCCACACUGCCAUGUUCAUCUACAAGUGGCCUGCGGACAAAGAGAAUGACACUGGGAUCGUCAGCCAGCACAGCAUGUGCGACGUGGAAGGUGGCGGGAUCUCCAGCUACGCAGAGAACCCCCCGGCCGCCGGCAGGAGCCUCAAGCAGUGUCUCGACCAGGCUGUGCGCAAGGUCCCCAAGGAAAGGCAUCCGCUCACCCCCCUCUACCUGGGGGCCACCGCUGGCAUGAGGCUGCUGAACCUCGCUGACCCCCAGGCUUCAGACAGAGUCCUCAGCGCAGUGACCUCGACGCUGAAGUCGUACCCCUUUGACUUUCGGGGGGCAAAAAUUCUGUCGGGUCAAGACGAGGGGGUGUUUGGCUGGGUCACAGCUAACUAUCUCCUGGAGAACUUCAUCAAGUACGGCUGGAUCGGGCAGUGGUUCCGGCCAAAGAAACCCACGUUGGGGGCCAUGGAUUUGGGUGGAGCCUCGACCCAGAUCACCUUUGAAACCCAGGAGCCGAUUGAGGAUCCCCAGAAUGGGGUGACGCUGCGGCUCUAUGGGCAGACGUACAAGGUGUACACCCACAGCUUCCUGUGCUACGGCAGGGACCAGAUCCUCAGGAGGAUGCUCUCCAAGGUCAUGAAGGCUGAUGGCUACAAAACAAACGUGUCCAACCCCUGCUGGCCCAAAGGCUACCAAAGGAACUUCAAACUCCAAGACGUCUACGACUCUCCCUGCACGGCAGCUGAGAAGCCUGACAGCUACGAUCCUCAACGUACCAUCGACAUGAGCGGAUCCGGGGACACCGCCCAGUGCCGCCUGCAUGUGGACAGUCUCUUCAACUUCACCAGCUGCGGCUUCACCAGCUGCUCCUUUGAUGGGGUUUUCCAGCCCGGCCUUUCAGGAAACUUCAUUGCCUUCUCUGCCUUUUUCUACACGGUGGAUUUUAUCCAGACAGUGAUGAAGAGACGCGUGGCCUCGCCAGAUGACCUUAAGACUGCUGCCGAAGCCAUCUGCAGUGCCAGCUGGACCGAGCUGCUGCCAAAAGCUCCAAACCAGAAGAAGUGGUUGCAGGAUUACUGUGCGGUUGCCAACUUUGUUUAUUUGGUGAUCACCAAGGGCUACCGCUUCAAUGAGAGCUCUUUCCCCAACAUCACCUUCCAGAAAAAGGCUGGGGACACUUCCAUCGGCUGGGCCCUGGGCUACAUGCUGAACCUCACCAACAUGAUCCCGGCUGACGAAGUGGGCUUUCGAAAGGGCGCAAACUACAGCUCCUGGGUCGUCCUCAUCCUUCUCUUCGUGGCUGUAAUCCUGAUGGCACUGGGGACAGCGUUCUGCCUGCUCCGAUCUGGCAAGCAGCACCGCACCAUGUAGGACGGGGGCGGGAGAGGCCAAGAGACAUGGCUCCCUGGAGCUGACGUGAGCUCUACUGAUCCUGGCAGGUGGCCCAGCAUCCUACAUACUUCAGAUGUGAGCGUUUCCUGGAGGCCCUGUCCCUCCCCGCUGCCUGUUUGUAGCCCUGAGGGAAACCAGUCCUGUUGCCUUUCUUUCCUCCCUGAUUGGAAGCCGGAGAAGUGGACAGAAGAGGAGAACUGACACCCAGGGAGCUGCAUGAGGAGCAAAUGUAAAUGGUUUCCUAGUGCAUCCCCUUUGGUGCAUCCUGGAGCAGCAACAGAGCCUGGACAGCCAGAUCUGGGGUGUUCUCCUUUGCCUGCUGCCAGAGGGAGACCAGACACAUAGUAAACGGACAGCAGCAGCCAGCAGGCGACUGGCUCUGUGCAAAGGAAGGGAGGUUUUUAUACUCACAUCCAAGGGGUGGGGUACGGGGUGGAGAGGGUUACUUACCUAAGCAUCUGUGGAAGGCUCUUCCCUCUAGCCCCCCUGCCUGGAGCCCUGUCCUGUCCCUUCCAGGGAUUUUGUGACUUGGGGUCCCGGGUAUUAGCCAGGGACCUGCACUAUCUUCCCUGAGCAAGGGCCAAAUCACAGCCCCCAGGAAGUCUCUGGGAGUUUGGCCAUUGAUCUCCGUGGUAUUUGUGUCUCUCCCAGGGCCCGGGAAGCCCCUCCAUCUCUGCGGAGCAGUGCUGCCCACGCCAGGCUCUGACAAUCUGGGUGGCUUCCACUCUUAGCACCACAACUCUGCCUUGCCUCUUUUGUUUGUUUACAAUUGGCGCUGCUCCUAGCCAAUCCUUCCUGCCAAGGGGGAGAUUUUAAGACUAAAGGUGGGGGUGGAGCCUGAGUAGGUGUGUAAUUCAACAGGGGGUGCCCUGAGUACCUUAGGGAGCAUCAUAAACCAGCCCCCUGGUGUGAUGGAGAAAAUUCUCAGGGCUCCCUCGCACAGCACUGAGACCUGAGACCUUCUUUGAGCUGCCAGCUAAGACACACCAGGCCAGGGCAUGGUGAGACCCAAACCUUCCACCCCCAGCCUAAUCAGCCUGGGGACAGGGAGGGUCUGUCUUUAAUUCCAGAUAAGAUCAAAUAGGGAUUUGUGUGUUUUAAUGCUCACAAAACAAUGUAACAAUGUAAACCCAGGGGAGGAUUUUAGAUGAAAAGGCAAAUAAACUUUGUUAAAGGGCAGCUACCCUGAGACACCUGUAGGGUGGUGGCGACUGGAUAACACUGAGCUCUUCCAAACGUUUCCUGAGGCAAAGCUGCGAGCUUGCAGCAGCGCUGCUGUGACUGGGUGUGACUGCACUCCUUGUAAGGACAACAGGCAGCCUAGGCGAUAUUUAUGCCUUUGGGGAGCUCAGCUGACAGUGUCACCUCUGUCAGGGGUUCUCAGGACAUUGUGCGGCUCUGCCAAAGCACAGAGCUGGAUCUUCUUUGGAAAUGUGUAUCUAUAAUAGAAUUGGAAGAGAAAAUAGGAAAUUGCUGCUGAUAAAAUCCAGGUCAAUAUUUGAAAAUUUAAAGAGAAUGUCACAGUCUUGAAAUUUAUCAGGGUGGAAAGAUCAGCUCACUGCAGAGUAAGGGCUUAUACUAAAUAUAAUCACACAGUGGUGAAUUUAUCACAAACUGUAAUCCCACUAAUAAAUGUCUCUCCUCAGUCUGUUCACUAAGCAGGUGAUUUCGGUACUAAGAUGGUAGGGAUGCUAUAGUUUGCCAGUCCAGUUACAUGCCAGUCAAUUUAAGCAACUAUGAAAGAUAUAUUCCAAUCAAAACUGAGCACACCCAGCAAUAAUUCUAUGAUUCCUGGUUGGAAGUUUAGACACUUAGUUACAAAAAAUCAAUUUAAAUGAAAAUGGCUACUUAUAGCCCAGAGCUAAUCAUCUCCUCCCUAAAGCCAUGACUAUUGAAUGCUCAUACCAUGGACUGAACCUCACUCUCUGUGUGAAACAGUUCCAUGUAUUUCAAGUUUCUCCCAAUAUUCCCUAAUAGAUGUAA